CGAAGCUACAAAAGUAUUGCAUUACAUAACAACCCUAACACAGUUGUGUGUGGACUUAGUCUCUCAUCUUUGCCGAGAAAGCGAGAGAGACUAAAAAUUUUAUUGGCCUAUAUAUAUUUUGGAUAUACCUUUUGCCGGUCCUUAGCCGUGCAUUACCGACAUAUAUAUCCAUAAGCUGCACACACAAAAUAUGGGAUUAAUGGAGGCAAGAUGGGAAAACAUAGUUCCGUUUAUAGCUAUGGCGUUGAUGGAGGCAUGUACCAUUGCACUCACCAUCUUGGCUAAGACCGCAUUAACCGGUGGCAUGAGCCCUUUUGUGUUCAUCGUCUAUACCAAUGCUCUUGGCUCUCUCCUUCUCCUCCCUUACUCGUUCUUCUUCCAUAGAGAUGAAAGGGACGAUGAACCGUUCGUCACGAAACCUUCCCUUGUUCGUAUCUUCCUACUCGGGUUUACAGGGGUGUUUCUGUACCAAAACUUGGCAUUUUUGGGGCUAAGUUAUAGCUCUCCAAUUGUGGUAUGUGCCAUGGGCUUGCAGUCACCUGCUUUCUCCUUUUUGCUCUCUAUUGUUCUUGGGGAAGGAGGGUUAAGGUGGGAAUGUAAGAGAACAAGAGGAAGAGUGAUAGGCACGUUGAUAUGCUUCACAGGAGCCUUUGUAGAAGUUAUUUACUUAGGACCUUUUAUUAGACCUUCUCCUUCUUCUUCUCCAAACUCCAAUUUCCUCACUGCAAUCGCACACUACUUGACUUUCUUCAAGAACUCUGACAAUUGGGCUCUCGGCUCACUCCUUCUAGCAUGUGCGACAUUCUCUAUCUCCAUCUGGAAUAUCAUACAGUUGGAUACCGUCCAGAAAUAUCCUCAAGUGAUGAAAGUAGUGUCUGCCUAUAGCUUAGCUGGGACACUCCAAUGUGCAAUCUUCUCCGCGUUCAUGGAGCCAGACUUAAGUGCAUGGAAACUCGAACUUAACAUGGAUUUCUAUCUUAUUAUUGCCACGGGUAUAUUUGGGAGCAUAAUAAGAACAAGUGUUCAAGUGAAGUGUUCAAAAAUGAAAGGGCCUUAUUACGUGCCAUUAUUUAAGCCAUUUGGGAUCCUCUGGGCUUCGAUUUUCGGCACAAGCUUCUUUGUCAAUAGUCUUCACUAUGGAAGUGUGUUAGGAGCGGCAAUAGCAGGAACCGGAUAUCUAUUGAUAAUGUGGAGUCAAGUUCAAAAAGACGUUCAGAAGGAUAUGGUGGAGGAAAAAGAUAAUCAGCAGUUGGAUUCAGAUGAUCAGAUAACGCCACUUUUGCUCGGAAAUGGUGACGUCGAUCAAGUUUAAUCCAAAAGGAGUGUUUGCAGAUUAGUUAUAAUUUGUGUGUAUAUUAAAUAUGAAGGAUAAGUAAAUCGAAAGAAUAAACAAAAAAUAUACUGUGAAAGAACAGAUAUAUAUUAUAUAUCGAAGUCUUGUUGUAUUUCUUUUUUAUUUGCAAGGAAUGUAUCAAAAAGUCUAUAA